GACCGUGAGCUCUCUUAUCAGCGCGCCGAGCGUUCUCUGGCGUCUCCACGGCCAUCUUUCUUGCGCCUUAUUUUGCAAUUCACGGGGCGAGUCUAAAACGAGCGCGAUGUGAACGGAAUACGGACGGGAGAAGCUCGGGGCCAGUUCAGCGCGAGGCACACAGUGGUCUUAAAAACCCGUGACUUUUAACGAAAAGAUCAGGGGUUGUAAGCCCCUAGUCUCAAAUUGAAAGCCUUUUUGCCGCUUGUGGAAACAGGACAGUUUUAGUGACUGGGAUGGGGCCGAGUGGCGGUCUUGGCGCGGGACGACUGUCUUCAUUCGUCGGUGUGGUUUGUCUGUUCGGAUACUGGCAGGCGAUUUGUUUGUUCACGUGCUGCGAUGCUGUGCCACAAAUCCCAAUAGGCUCCAUCUUUUCUGCGAACCCAAACGCCUCGGUCUUCGGUUUCAGGCGAGCCACCAUCAACCAAAAUGUACACAACAAAUCCUUCCAGUUCAUGGGCUUCGAGAAGUCCGUCAGCAGCGCCAAUUGCUUUGAAAUGGGCCAGAAAAUAUGUGAUCUGUUCACCAACGGCGUGCUUCUGAUUGGUGCGGACGUGGAGCCGCCAUUGAUCACCACAACAGCGUCCUACAGCAGCACCUUCCACAUGCCCAUCAUUAUCCCGUCUCAAUCCAAGCGGGACUUGGGGUUCAAGACCACCGAUGCCAACACGAAGUACCUGGUAUCCCUGAUGCCAUCGCUGGUACCCGUCCUAUUCGAUAUCAUACAGUUCCAUCAGUGGAAUCGAUUUGCAUUUAUUUACGACACUGAUAAAGGGCUACUUCGUCUCCAUGCGCUAAUGGAGAUGUUGUCCUUCCGUAAAUUUGACGUCGCUUUCCGUAAAGUUAACGGCAGUGAGUCCAUGAUUCAAAACCUCAGGGAGUUUAGAGACACGGACCGCCACCGAAUCAUUUGCGAUACUAACGUGCAGAAUACAAGGCUACUAAUGGAGCAGAUACCACUUCUUGGCAUGUUGACGUCAUCAUAUCACUAUAUAUUCCUUGAUCUCGACAUUGAUAAGGUCAAUCUGGAGAAGUUUCAGCUUGGCGGCAUGAACAUCACUGGAUUCAGCAUCAUCAACGAGACGUCUAGAAGAUUCCAGCUGCUGAAGACGGGCCUCGAAAUACUCCGAGAGCAGAAUAGAUCCGUGGUCAGCAAGAUGGAGUUCGUCAGUUACAGGUCAGCCUUGAUGAUGGACCUAGUUGACGUCAUGGCCAGGACGGUGAAGAUACUGAUCAGGGAGAACAAACUGGUACAGUUUGAGAAACGAGGCCAGCGAAGCUGUGAUGACGACCGCUUCAGACCCUGGGGCUUCGACAAGAAUGUCCUGAAAUUUCUCAAAACGGUGUCCUUCAAUGGUGCCACAGGGCCUAUAUCCUUCGACAGUUUCGGUGAACGGUCCAACUACGUAGUGCGAAUACUCAGUCUCUUCUCCGACGGAAUGCGAGAGGUUGGCACUUGGCGCUCGGAGGCCAAGACUCGGCUGAAGUUCAACGCGGGCACCUUCGGCGAUGGAACCGGCCGGGCAGACUUCAACAAUAAAACCAUCAUUGUCACAUCAAUUCUCGAGCAGCCUUACCUAAUGCGAAAGGAGCCCCGCCAUCUCUACUCCGGUAACGAUCGCUUCCAGGGCUACGCCAUCGACCUCCUUGAGGAAAUCGUCCAGAAGUUCCCCUUCAAGUACAAGAUCCAGCUGGUCAGGGACAACACGUACGGCAUCCCCGUCAACGGCACGUGGAACGGCAUGGUGGGAGAGCUGGUCAGAGGAGAGGCAGACAUUGCCGUGGCACCCCUGACCAUUAUAUCGGAUCGGGAGAGAGUAAUAGACUUCACCAAGCCCUUCAUGAGCCUGGGUAUCAGCAUCAUGAUCAAGAAACCACAGACCACCAAGCCUGACGUCUUCUCCUUCAUGCAUCCCCUGUCCUAUGAGAUCUGGAUGUGCAUCGUGCUCGCCUACGCAGGCGUUAGCGUGGUACUGUUUCUGGUCAGUCGCUUCAGCCCCAAGGAGUGGUACCCAGUCGAGUAUACCCGGGUACCCACAGACGAACCUAAUGGCGCCAUCCCGCCCAAGGAACAGACGACCAACGAUUUCGGAAUCACCAACAGCCUGUGGUUCUCCUUCGGCGCCCUGAUGCAGCAAGGAUGCGAUAUCUCACCCAGGUCCCUGUCUGGCCGGAUCGUGGGCGGAGUAUGGUGGUUCUUCACCCUGAUCAUCAUCUCCUCCUACACGGCCAACCUGGCUGCCUUCUUGACGGUAGAGCGUAUGGUGACCGACAUCCAGUCCGCUGAAGACCUGGUGGCCAGUAAGGAUGUAUCGUACGGGAUGGUGGCAGCUGGCUCUACAGAGGAGUUCUUUAGGCAAUCGAAAAUCCCUCUGUACAUGGACAUGUGGAACUACAUGAACAGCACCGAGCGGGCAGUGCUGAUGACGACCAACGACCAAGGCCUGGAGAGACUGCGCCACAUGAAUGGCAAGUUUGCCUUCCUGAUGGAGUCCACGAUGAACGAGUACUUCAGCCAGCAGAAGCCGUGCGAUACCUUGAAGGUGGGCCAGAACCUGGACUCCAAGAGCUACGGCAUCGGUGUCUCGCGAAAUCUCACGAGAUUCAGCGAUGAGCUGACCCUCGCAAUCCUGCAGCUAAGGGAGGAGGGGGUGCUAGACGCCCUCAAGAAACGAUGGUGGUUCGACAAGGGCCAGUGCCACGAAGCUGACGCGGAUUCUGGCUCUAAUGCUCUGAGCCUGAGUAACGUGGCCGGCGUGUUCUACAUCCUUGUCGGGGGUCUAGCCUUGGCCCUCAUGUCGGCUAUUAUGGAGUUUUACUGGAAGUCGAGAUCACAGUCCCGUAAACAAAAGACGAGCCUAGCUGCGGCGAUGCGGGCCAAGGUACGCCUGUCUGUGACGGGCGAGAAUGCCGACCUUGCUAGGCAGCUACACCCCAAGGCAAACGCAUCCGUACCCAGCACUGACACAGAGACAACGCCAGUGGACAAGCCAAAAGUCGAACCAAAGGACGGUAGCCAGACGGAGGUGUAG